AUGCUGUGCGGGGGGAUCAGCAGCCAGGCCAGGGCGGCCACGGCGGAGAUCCAGCAGCUGGUGCAAGCGGUGAAGGAAGAGGUGGAAAAGAAAGAAGGGAGGAGCUUCGAGGUCUUCGACGCAGUGGAGUAUAAAACCCAGACGGUCGCUGGAAUAAACUACUUCGUGAAGGUCCAAACUGGCAAAGACGAGUACCUUCACUUAAGAAUUCACAAAAGCCUCCCUCAUGAAAAGAAACCUCCGGCCUUGACCAGUUACCAAAGCAACAAAGAAAAGCAGGAGGAACUCUCUUACUUCUAG